AUGAGUUCGAGAAAAAUCACUUAUACUGCAGCUGCGGCUGCUACUUUAUUAGCUUCUGCUUAUAUCUAUCGUCAAUGUUCUUGUACUAAAUCAUCCACUAAAGCCCCUCUAGCUGAGAAAAAUCAAUUAGGAGCUACUGUCUCUAAUUCAAAAGCCUUUGUUCCUGAUUCAAGCUGGGUAGCUUUACCUUUAACUGAUAUUAAAACUCUUUCUCCUGAUACAAAACGUUUCACUUUCCAAUUACCACAAGAAGACCAAGUCUCUGGGUUAACUGUAGCAUCGGCUCUUUUAACUAAAUUCAUCACUCCAAAGGGUUCUAAUGUUAUUAGACCUUAUACCCCGGUUACUGACUUGAACAAAAAGGGGUCCUUUGACUUAGUCAUUAAAGUAUACCCAGAAGGUAAAAUGACUAAUCAUAUCUUCAAUUUGAAAUUAAAUGAAACUUUGCUAUUUAAAGGCCCCUUGUUGAAAUUCGAUUAUCCAAAAAAUACUUUUAAUGAAAUCACUUUACUUGGUGCAGGUACUGGUAUUACUCCAUUAUAUCAAAUCUUAACUUCUAUCUUAAGUGAUCCUGAUCAACAACCAAACACUAAAAUUAAUUUGCUUUAUGGUAAUAAGACACCUCAAGAUAUCCUGUUGAAACCUGAAUUAGAUGAAUUACAAAAAAAAUUCAGCGAUACUUUUAAAGUCACUUAUUUUGUAGAUCAAUUGAAUAAUGAUUUGGAAUAUAAUGGUGAAUUAGGGUAUAUCUCCAAGGAUUAUUUGAAGAAAUCUAUGCUGGAACCUAAAUCCACUAAAAACCAAAAGAUCUUCAUUUGUGGUCCUCCUCCAUUCAUGAAUUGUUAUUCAGGUCCAAAAGCCUCACCAAAGGAACAAGGUGAAUUAUCAGGUAUCUUGAAGGACUUGGGUUACACUUCAGAACAAGUCUUUAAAUUCUAA